AGAAAAUCAACCAUUAAUUUAAAGGGUAUAGCAAUUGGCAAUGGAUUACUGGAUGGCGAUAGCAAUUAUCAGGCGGGCUUUGACUAUCUCUUAGGACACGGAUUAGUGACCACUGAUUGGUACGAGAAGAAGUUGGAGGCCUGUUGUCAAUGUACGGCCGGUACUCAACACGAGUGCAAUUUUACUAAAGCGCCCAAUAAAACCAAAUGUGAAUCAGUACCCGAUACAUAUGUGAGUACUCCUAACUUAUACAAUAUAUACGACGAGUGCUACCCAGACCUGGACUUACAGCACGCCUUUAACACAUACUCUAAACAACAUUUCGACAAAAUGGGAGUGAAAUUUGCAUUAAAUGGUGAAUACAAACGAAACGUGAAUAAACCCAAGUGUCCAGUGAAUGGUCACACGCCGUACCUAAACCUCCCGGAAGUACGCAAAGCACUUCACGUGCGCGAAGACGCCAAACACUGGAAGGGUUGCGGCGGUAGUUAUGACCCGAGCGGUGGUUAUACUAUACAAACACGAAUAGCCAUAGAUUUGAUCAAUAAGUAUAAGUUGGAAAAACUGGUUAUAUAUAACGGAGAUUUUGACACGAGGUGUAACUUCAUAGCCGAUGAACGCUUUGUCGACGGACUCGGUUUCAAGAAGACUAACAGAUAUGAUCCAUGGCAUGUGGAUGGAGUGAUCGGUGGUUUUGUGGCCAACUAUGAACGUGGUUUGAGUUUUGUGUUAUUCCGCGGGGCCGGACAUAUGGUGCCUCAGGACAAACCCGAGGCCGCACUUCAUUUCUUUGAGAGUUUUCUCGGAUUGAAAAAGUUG